CCGACCUCUUUCCGAACGCGUGUACGCAGGAGUAUUGUAGGGGCCGAAGGAGAAGAAGAAGGGAGGGCUCAUCGCCGCACGCACACGUGCUCGUGCCCCGCCCUCCGGGCGAGCCCCGCCCUCCCCUGGUCCCGGUCCUGGUCCCGGUCCUGGCCCGGGCUGUUCCCCGGCCCACGAAGCCGCGCACGUGCCACCCUUCUCCCUCAUUCCUCUGCGUCUCGUCCCAGCCCCUGCCGCGCCUGCGCGUCUGCCGCUUUCUGCCCCGCCGGCCGCGCCCGCGCACCCGGGCCCGCGGCCGCCCGGUUCGCGCGCUCGCGCGCCCGCGCCCGCGUCCGCGCCCGCGCCCCCCCUUCUUUCCCUUGCCUUCCCCCUACUCCUUUGCCCUCGGCCAGGUCCCGGGGCCCGACAGGCGGACCGACAGGGCGAACCCGAAGCGGGAGGCCAGGGACCAGAGCCAGCGCCACCCUCGAAGCGAGGAGAACGAGGCCGAAGCCGUGGAGGAGGUUGCGAAAGCCGGGGUCCGAGCAGCUGCCCCCAAGCCCGCCGGGCGCAGGCUCAGCCAGAGGAAUGUCUUGCUACCUCAGAUCACGAAGUUGCCCGGAUCCAGGUCCUAUCUAUGUCAGGGAAAAUGGCCGCCUGCACAUGGUAAGCCUCGCCCUGGACGGGGUCGCGAGCGGCUUGCGGGAGCCCAAGCCGCUGAGGCUUUUCCCCAAAGGCUUCUCUGUGGAGCUGUGCAUGAACAGGGAAGAUGACGCGGCCAGGAAGGAGAAGACGGAGCACUUCAUCUUCACCUACACGCGGGAAGGGAACCUGCGCUACUCCGCCAAGUCCCUCUUCAGCCUCGCGCUGGGCUUUAUCUCUGACAACGUUGACCACAUCGACUCUCUCAUCGGCUUCCCCGAACAGAUAGCCGAGAAGCUCUUCUCUGCCGCGGAAGCCAGGCACAAGUUCACGGAGCCCGGCGCAGGCCUGCGCGCGCUGCAGAAGUUUACCGAGGCCUACGGGCGCCUGGUACUCUGCUCACUCUGCCUUCGGAACAGGUACCUGGUGAUUUCCGAAAAGCUCGAAGAGAUCAAGUCUUUCCGGGAGCUGAGCUGCUUGGAUCUUUCUUGCUGUAAGCUUGGAGAUGAGCAUGAGCUCCUGGAGCAUCUCACCAAUGAGGCCCUGUCCAGCGUGACUCAGCUGCGCCUGAAGGACAACUGCCUCUCCGACGCCGGCGUCCGCAGAAUGACGGCCCCCGUCCGGGUGAUGAGAAGAGGCCUGGAAAACCUCGCCUUGUUGGACUUGUCCUGUAACCCAGAGAUCACAGACGCCGGGAUCGGCUACCUCUUUUCUUUUAGAAAGCUGAACUGCCUGGAUAUUUCCGGGACGGGCCUUCAGGACGUCAAGGCCGUCAUGCACAAGCUUCAGACCCACAUCGGCCUCGUUCACUCCAAAGUGCCUUUGAAGGAGUUUGACCACAGCAGCUGUAAGACGGAGGGCUGGGCAGACCAGAUCGUCCUGCAGUGGGAGCGCGUGAUCUCCGGAGCGGUUGCAGGCCAGGAGAAGCCCCGGACGGCGGCAUCGUGUUUCUAUGGGAAGCGGCCCCGGACGGACGCCCCGGCCAAGUGUCCGCUGGCCGACGCCCACGUGAGCUCCGGCCAGAAGCUGCAGUUCUACAAGGAGAAGGCGGCGGAGGGCCACGGGCCAGCGUGGAGGCGGGAGGCCGCCGGCCCCGCGGCCGGCCAGGAGCCCAAGAGCGCCAAGAAGCGCGCGCUGGAAGAGCCCGACAAGGAAGCGCCGAGCGCGGCCACGUCGUCCAGGCAGAAGUACGUCUGCCUCACCAUGGAGGACUGGGACCUGCUCAACACCUACUGACGGUCCGGGGAGGCGGGAGGCCCCGCGGGGACUGGGGGCUCCGAGGCGGCCGGUGGGAGCCGCGUCUGCGCACGGGACCAGGCCGGCGUUUCUACUGUCUAUUUUCCAUACAUAGUAAUUUUUCAAAUAAACCUUUUUGCCGUUGUUA